AAUCAAAAAAAAAAAAAAAUGUUAAAGUUGAAUAAACUUUAAACGAUUUAAAACGAUAUUCCAUUUCAAUAAUAAUGCCUUCACGAAGCAGAAGUCGAAGUCCAGCGUUUUCGGUUUCCCGAGAACGUAGCCGACGAGUUGAUCAAGAUCAACCAUCAGACAGAUGGUCUAAAAGAAGAUCACCAAGUUACGACAGACAUUCGUAUAAUGAUCGUGACUAUCAUCGAAAAAAUGAUCGCUAUAAACCGAAAUACGACAAAAGACCUGGCCAACAGCGUCAAGACAAUUUUAUGGACAAUCGACGUGCUGAAAGAGAAACAAUUGGAGAAGAAGGAAUAUCUACCGUUUGGGGUAAGUCACCUCAAAGACCAAUAACCUACACAGACGACGAAGAUGAAAAUCCAGGAAAAAAUGAAGAAAAAACCCACAACAUUGGGAAAAAGAAGAAAAAGAAAUCAAAACACAAGAAAAGUAGUUCUUCGUCGUCUUCCAAAAAACAGAAGAAAAAGAAAUCCAAAAAAAUUAAAAAGAAAAAAUCCAAACGUAGUUCAUCAAGUAGCAGUUCCUCGAGUUCCGAUUCUGAAUCGGAAAUGUGGAUCGAAAAGACAAAAGAUAAUAAAGAAUCCAAAUCAAAGAUUGAUAAAAAGCAAGAUCAUGAGUUUGCUGUGCCAUCUUCAUCCUCGGUUGGAGAAGUCGAGAAUCUGAAUGAAGAUGUUGGCCCAACUCUUCGACAGACAAGUGGAUUGACACAAAAAGAUUUCGGUCAUGCUUUGUUGCCAGGAGAAGGUGCUGCUAUGGCAGCUUAUAUUGCUGAUGGCAAGAGAAUACCACGGCGAGGAGAAAUUGGUUUGACUUCAGAUGAAAUUGCUACAUUUGAAUCGGUUGGAUAUGUUAUGAGUGGUAGCAGACAUCGUCGUAUGGAAGCUGUACGUAUAAGAAAAGAAAAUCAAAUAUAUUCGGCGGAUGAAAAGCGGGCUUUGGCUAUGUUUAGCAAGGAAGAGAGACAGAAGCGUGAGAAUAAGAUUUUGUCUCAGUUUAAGGAAAUGAUUAGCUCUAAAUUGAAGGCGGACAAAAAAUAGAGUUUUCUUUUAAUCGGGGUACGAAGUGUUAAAAGAUUUAUUUAAUUUGCAAGUCUUUUAGGUUUAAGAAAUAACACUUAGCUUGUUCAAUAUAUAAUUUUAUUUUAAUAACAAUAAAUUGUAUUAAAAAUGAAAAUAUAAAUAGAAAAUUCAAUAUUUUCUGUUUGAUAUUAAAUGCAAAAA